AUGGUGGGACUGCCUGAUGCCCUCCCUGCUGCUCUGGGCCCCGGUGGCUCUGAUCGUGGUGAGUCGGCCUGUGCUCGGUGCUUGGACGGGCCCUCACGGCGGUGGGGUGGACCCUGUGGAGAGGCCUCUGUGUCCUGCUGCACUUACCCCUGCAGAAGACCCCCCCACAGACCUCCUCCUCUGGGACUGAGCUCCUGUUUAAACCUAGUUCUCUGGCCCAGCACCUGCUGCGUCACUGCGGGGCUCUGUCCAGGACCAGACUGGCCCCGUGGCCCUGAGGAGACCCCCACCUCCAGACCGUCCAGAGUCUGUGUGGACUGUCUACCCCUGCACUGCAAAAAAGGAUAA